AGUUCCGUAAACGGGCAUGAUAAUUGCGGUGGCCCUCGUGGCCUUGAUUCCGCUCUUGCCCUGCGUCGUCACGCAAGAGUCGACGACCGAGCUUUUCAAGGAGGAACCCAUCGCGACCACGAAUGAGGCACCGAUUCUGCCCACGCUUCCCACUACCACUACGGAAGCACCGAAAACUUAUGCCGGAACUUAUAUGGUCGUCGCUCCAGCCGUCGUUCGACCUGGGUUACCAUAUGCGGUAUCCUUUAACAUUCUGAAAAGUCCAGAAGAGGAUCAUAUCGUACGGGUACAAAUACGAACGGAACAAAACGAUACCGUUGCAACAAGGGUUGUGAAGAAUGUGCGGCAGGGUGUUCCACAAACCGUCACCAUCGACACAGUCUCUGCCGAUCUGUCACCAGCCAUGAAUUAUAAAGUGUACGUUCGAGGUGAGACGCUGAAUUCACAAGUGCUUUUUGAAGAGGAGAAGUCUGUACAGUAUAACCAAAAAAGUCUCUCCAUCUUUGUGCAGACUGACAAAGCUAUCUAUAAACCAGGAUCAGUGGUGAAAUAUCGAGUCAUUGUGGUUUCGCCAUCGCUUACCCCGUACAAGGACACAGUCUCAGUCAAGAUCUACGAUCCAAAUCAAAACGUGAUUAGUCAAUAUCUCGACAAGCCGCUGACAAAAGGAGUAUUCUCAUCUGAACUCGAAUUGGCAUCCGAGCCUCCACUUGGAGAAUGGCAGAUACAAGUUGAGACUGCUAACAAGCUGAAAUAUAUGAAGACCUUCUCUGUUGAAAAGUACGUGUUGCCGAAAUUCGAAGUGAAUAUCAAGACGCCACCAUUUAUUACGGUCAACGACGAUCUUUCUAUACUUGUUGAUGCCAAGUAUACCUAUGGAAAAGGAGUUGCCGGUAAAGCUAAGGUUACUUUGGAGCUGCCUUGGCAUCGAUGGCACCCGAUACCCAAACCUAUUAUUGUCAACGAUGACGGAACGACCUCUCAGGUCGAAGAGGAGUCACAAAUAGAAAGGACUGUGAAGUUGAAUAAUAUGGGUGAAGCGACAGUGAUUUUCACGAAUGAGGAAAUGAAGAAGCAUAAAUUAGUGCAGGAUUUCGGAGGAGGUAGCAUACGAAUAAUCGCAACCGUCACUGAGGAUCUGACAGACAUCCAGCGCAAUGGAACACAACAUAUCUCCACGCAUCGCUAUGAUGUAAAAUUAGACAUUGAAAAACAAGGAGAUACCUUCAAACCCGGUCUUACUUACAAUGUUGUCGUUGCCCUGAAGCAGAUGGAUGACACACCAGUGAAGGCCACUGUUCCUCGAAGAGUGCAGGUUACAACGUUCUACAACUACCCGUUCAACCCAGACGCGCCAACACAGCACGAGGACAAGGAAGUGAAGAUUGUCGAUUUAGACGCUCAUGGCACUACGGUGCUGGCUGUUCAACCUCCCUUGAAUUGUACCAGUGCCAGAAUAGAGGCACAUUACGAUCGAACUGGCAAAGAUAAUUUCACAAACGCUGUGAUCUACAGCAGUCUCUAUGUUGAAGCCGGCAAGUCACCAUCGAAUUCUUACCUGCAGCUUAUUGCUGACAAUGAGGGAGCCGUUGACGUCGGCAAGACGCUCUCAUUCUCUGUGAAAGCUACUGAAAACUUACCAGUGCUUACAUAUCAGGUUAUGUCUCGUGGAGCCAUUGUGCUUUCGAAAGAAAUGCCUGUAAAUUCUGACCACACAACAAUCUCCUUUACGGCAACUAACGAUAUGGCUCCAAAAUCUCGUUUGAUUGUGUAUGCAAUUCGAUCUAGCAACCAGGAAAUUCUCGUUGACGCCACUGACUUCAAAGUUGAUGGUCUCUUCCGGAAUAAUGUGACACUGUCAAUCGAUAAGACCACUGUUGAACCAGGGGAGCCAGUGUCCUUCAAGGUAACGGCUGAUCCGGAUUCUUACGUAGGCCUGUUAGCGGUCGACCAGUCGGUGCUUCUUUUGAAGUCUGGAAAUGAUAUCACUCCACAACUGGUGGAAUCGGACAUUGAAGAAUACGACACUACUGGUUACAGUGGCGGUGGCUUCCGCCCAUGGGAAGGAGCUGUCGAAAGGAGGAGAAGAAAGAGGUCGAUCUGGAAUCCUUGGUGGGGUGUUGGAGGUAAAGACGCAGCCAGCAUUUUUGAUAACGCUGGGCUGAUUGUUUUGACAGACGCAUACUUAUAUCGACAACCGGAACCUCAAAGAAUCCGCUUCAAAAUGCGUCGACCUGCUUUUGCAAAAAGUCUUGCCCUUCCUGCUCCAAUCAGUUUCGCUGCGAAUCCAAUGAGACCUCCACCACCAAUGAUUGCUCCUGCACCUUUGCCAACUUCGCCUGCUGUCAAAGUUCUUGUCGAAGUCAGCUUCGCUGCUGCUGGCGCAGGUGAUAUGGCGGCUGCUGCUGCGAUGCCUGCACCUAUGCCUGAACCUAUGGCUGCGCCCAUGGCGCCAGCGGAAAAUGGUGCAUUCUCUUCAGCGCCUGUUCGGGUUCGCACUGAGUUUCCCGAGACUUGGAUCGCCAUAGAUUCCAGUACAGACGCCAAUGGAGAAGCUGUGUAUCAGUCGAAGGUACCAGAUACGAUCACUUCUUGGGUAGCAAGUGCUUUUGCUAUUAAUGACAAUUCCGGGCUGGGAGUGGCACCCACUACCUCAAAGCUUCGUGUCUUCCGUCCUUUCUUCAUUCGUCUCAAUUUGCCGUACUCAGUGAAAAGAGGAGAAAAGUUUGCUCUGCAAGUUCUGGUGUUCAAUUACAUGGAAAAGGAACAAGAUGUAACGGUCACACUCAAGCAUGAUGAUGAAUCAGGUUUCGACUUUCUGAACAAAGAUGGAAGCAUCAGAAAGAGUCGCGAUGCUGAUGAAGGAACCUAUAAUAUGCGGGUACUCUCUGUUCCUGGAGGUGGCGUUUCGAAGGCCGUCUACUUCCCCAUUGUCCCGAAUGAAAUCGGCAUGGUAAAGCUGACAGUACAAGCGCAGGCUUCGCAAGCCAGUGACGGUGUCGAAGAGCCACUGAGGGUUGAACCUGAGGGUUACCGUGUGGAUCGCAACGUUCCUGUGGUGAUAGAUCUCAGCAAUGGUACAGGUUUUGAAAAGACCGUGCAGCUACUGUGGCCUAGCGAUGUUGUGGAAGGGUCGCAGAAGGCACGAUUUGAGGUUGUCGGUGAUAUCAUGGGUCCAGUACUGUCAAAUAUCGAAGGACUCGUACGAAUGCCAUAUGGUUGCGGUGAACAGAAUAUGCUAAACUUUGUGCCAAACAUUGUCGUGCUACGAUACCUAAAAGCAACAAAUCGUGCUGAACCUGCAAUUGAAGGAAAAGCUGUGAAGUUUAUGGAAGCUGGCUAUCAGCGAGAGCUAACAUACAGGCGAUCCGAUAACUCCUUCUCUGCCUUCGGUGAAAGCGACAAAUUCGGUUCCACAUGGCUGACCGCAUUCGUUGUGCGAUCGUUCGCUCAGGCCCGUUCUUACAUCUUCGUCGAUCCUACCGUACUGACCAAGAGCAUAGCUUUUCUUAAUGGACAACAAAUGGAAACUGGCGCAUUUGCUGAGCACGGCGAAGUGCAUCACAAAGACAUGCAAGGUGGUGCCAGUGAAGGAGGUCUUGGCCUGACAGCCUACGUUGUGGUGGCUCUUCUCGAGAAUGGAAUACGAAAUGACAAUGCGAUUGCAUUCUUGGAGAAACAUCUCGAAGAUAUGAAGGAUGACCCAUAUGCGUUGGCCGUAACAACUUAUGCACUUCGCCUAGCAAAUAGUGACAAGAAGAAGGAUGCUCUGGAAGCAUUAGAAAAACUUCAGAUUGUUGAUAAAGACGGCACAGUGCACUGGUCGUCUUCAAAAGGCAUUGACAAAUCGAAGGACACCACUCAGUAUUUCUAUCAACCACGACCGGUUGACGUUGAAACUACUGGCUACGUUCUGCUCAGCUACAUGCUCGAUGCUGAAACAGAAAAGGGUCUCCCUCUAGUUCGCUGGCUCACCGCUCAGAGAAACGCCUAUGGUGGCUUCUCAUCCACCCAAGAUACUGUAAUUGCUCUGCAAGCUCUGGGCAGCUAUGCUGAACAUGCAUAUUCGAGCGAUUCGAAUGUGACAGUCACUGUGGGCAACGGAGCUGACAAUCAUGCAUUCGGUGUUUCUGUGAGGAAUGCCAUCGUUCUGCAAAGCUACGAGCUGCCAAAUAUUGAUCAAAACGUCGACAUUAAAGCUACUGGAAAGGGCACAGUCUUCGCUCAGGUUUCGUACUCCUACCAUCGCAACUCUCUUCGUGACGACUCACCAUUCUUCUGCUCAAAGGACCUGAAAGAAUUACGCAAUGGCAACAGGAUGCAGUUGGAUCUUUGUUGCAACUACACACGAAGUGCAGGCAAGUCCAAUAUGGCAGUGGCAGAAGUGGAAGCUCUGACAGGAUACAAAUUCGAUGAAGAAGAGAUGGGUAAGCUUACGGGAAUUUCCGAUUUGCAACGAGUUGAGCUUGACCGUGACGACACGAAGAUGAACAUCUAUUUCAAUCCGCUCGGCGGCACACCCGUUUGCUUGUCAUUGUAUUCCGAUAUGACAUACUAUGUUGCCGAUCAGAAGCCAGCGCAAAUGGUUCUAUUCGAUUACUAUAACCCAGAGGAACAGAUGAAGUCUUCGUACGCGGCGAAACAGACUCGAUCGCUGACCGAUGCCUGUCCCGACUGCUGGCCCACGGGUGAACCGCAGAGCCCGACUCCAACGAGGGGUCACUCAAGUAGCACGACACCCACGACCACCGAAUGACAACGAUGAUCGACGAUGGUCGCGGCAAAUGAAGAAUGACGAAAUGUAAUAAUGUGGCAAUAUACAUAAAUGUGAAUAUUUCUGUGUUUUUAUGAGCAUUAUUCGCCUGGUCUGAAGUUCUGCUUGUCAGCAAAGCUGUCGACAAAAUCAUUUAGAGUUGCUGAUGUAUGUAAUUUAUGUUUAUUGCGGAGUGAGUGAACAGCUUAAAAGCCAUUA